CCCUUGUCUUAAAUAAAAGAGGACAAACUACUACUAAGUUUUAGAGAAGAACAUCUUAAUUCUUCUUUUUCUCUCAUUCAUCUCUUCUUUCAUGUAAACAUUAUGGAGUUAAUACCAAAUAAUCGUCUGGUGAGAAUUGAGGCAUUAUUGAGAUUUUUUGCUUUGUUGACACUUUCUUUAGCUUCUAUAGUUUUGGUCACAGAUCAACAAUCCAGGAUAUAUUUCAGUGUUUACAGAAAGAAGGUCAACUAUAAGUUGGCAACUAUUCUUGAAGUAUCGUUGUACGUUUAUUCCAUUGGCGCCGGGUACAAUUUACUUCAGCUAGUUCGAUGCAUGGCCUUCACUAAUUAUCAGGAAGAUAAACUCAGUUGGUCCAAUCAUAUCCUAAUAUGGAUUUAUUUUUUGCUCGAUCAGAUGGCAGUGUACGUAGUUUUUGCCAUAUGUUGUGCUUCAAUUGAAUUGUCACUCCUUGCUCUUACUGGUGUCGAGGAUCUUCAAUGGAUGAAAUUAUGCGCAAAUUAUGUAAGAUUUUGCGUACAAAUUGGUGGCUAUAUAAGUUGCGCAGGCUUGGCAUCCAUAGCAAUGAUUGUGAUCUCAGCCAUUUCAACCUUCAAUUUGCUUAGAUGGUACUCUCCAAAUUUCUUGUGCCUGAAACCCAAGAAGAUUGGGAUUGUAUCCCAAAGUAAUAAUAGUUAGCAAUAUGACAUUCAUGAAUCAUGUUGUAUUUAGUUAAUCAGAUUUUAAUGUACUUAAUUUAACUCCCCAUCACAUUAGAUGAUAAUUACAGUAAGCAAAUGGAUAAAUUGUACUACCUUUUAAUUAUUUACACUUGUGAAGUGUACAUAAGUAUACUACUGUUACCUUU